AUGACAUCUCCCAGUCUGCGGCAUGCCGCUUCGCCCAGCGUGCACGCCUCCUCAUCCAAUGGCGGCCCCGUAACCUCUCUGCCGCCUCUGGGCAAGCCUGAGCCUUCUCCCUUGAAAGCACCUGCUCCUGCUAGUACCCCUAGCCGCUCCGCCGACCCCAUGUCCUUCUCCAACAUCCUAUCAAGCUCCGAACCCAUCUCGAAACCAAAGUCAAAAUCCCCCCCGCCCGUCGAGCACAAGGAGAAGGAGAAGGAAAAGGAAAAAGAGAAGGAGAAGGAGCCCAAGUCCGAUCCCAAGCCCAACCGUGAGAAGCCUCGUUCUGUCGACCCGCCAGUCAAGACCGAGCGCGAAGCCGAGAUUGAACUUCGCCCCGAGCCCGCCAAGGAGCGUUCCAGCACGCCGUUGGCUAGGAAGGAGAAGAAGGAGCGAGUUCCUCGUAAGUCAAAGUCAAGGGCGUCCGACAUCAGAGAUGCCGAGUCGACGCCCAAGACGAGCCGUCGCGCCUCCUCCAAGCUCGAGACGCCGACGCCACGCGUCCCUGCCAAGCGUCAGGUCAAUGGCCAGCCCAAGCAGAAAACCCUGUCCGCCGAAAAGGAAAAGAAGGUCAUGGCCCUGAUUGCCCAGCUCGACGCCGAAGCCGACGAUCUCGACGACUCCGAUCUCACUGAAGAGCAUGCACAGUUCCAAGAGCGCGGUAACAAGCGCCGUCGCAUUAUGCAAGUCAACGACAGCAAACAGAACAUCCAGAGACGCGAAGAGUUCGCUUCGGAGAUGGGCCGUCGCUUGACUGUUCACGCCGAUCUCGGAAAGCGCCGCUACGAUGAUAUUUACUACGAAGAGGCGAUGAAUGAGGUUAGGGAACGCGAGCUGUUUGCCGAAAAGGAGCGCAAGAAGGACAUGCAGCGCAAGCGCCGUCGCGAGAAGUCGAUGGCCGUCACCAUGGAGCAGCAGAAGCUUGCCCUGGAGCGCGCCCGCCUGGCCGAAGACGAGACCGAAAAGGCCAAGCAUCUGCGAGACGCCGAGCGUGCCAACAAGAAGGCCCAGCAGACGAAGCUUAUCCUCCAAAAGGGCAUCAAAGGCCCUGCUCGUAACCUCGUCGAACUCAACCUCGAGGGAGGUACCAUGGCCACCUUCCAGGCGUCCGACAUGGAGCCCGGCACGAAGCCCAAGGGCAAGGGUCGCGGCGGUCCACGGCCGAAGAAGUCAAAGGAACAGAAGCAGGCCGAGAAGGAUUCCGCCGAGGCCGCCCAAGCUGCGCUCGACGCCGGCGAAGAGCUUCCCUCCAAGGAAGAGUCCAAGAUCCGCAUCAAGUUCAACAAGAAGUCCAAGGAUAAGGACAAGGAGAAGAACAAGGACAAGGAUAGGGAUCAAGACGAUAUCGACAUUGACCUUGCCGACGGCGGCAUGGAUGGGGAGGAAGAAACCAUACUCGAGCCUGUCAAGGAGAAGAAGGGCAAGAAGGAGAAGAAAGAGAAGAAGGACAAGAAGGAGGAGAAGCCCGAGGAACCUCCCAACAAGGACGCCAAGUUUGAGACCAAGGGCUUCCUCCAGAUUUACGACCAGAUUUGGCGUGACCUCGCCCGCAAAGAUGUCACAAAGACAUACAAGAUGGCGGCCGAGUCCUACCAGACCAAGGCCUCGAACCUCAAGAAGACGGCCAUCCUGGCCUCGAAGGAGGCCAAGAGGUGGCAGCUUCGCACGAACAAGGGCACCAAGGAUCAGCAGGCCCGCGCCAAGCGUGUCAUGCGUGACAUGAUGGGCUUCUGGAAGCGUAACGAGCGUGAGGAGCGUGAUCUCAGAAAGGCUGCCGAGAGGCAGGAGAUUGAGAACGCCCGUAAAGAGGAAGCGGAACGCGAAGCCGCUCGUCAAAAGAGGAAGCUCAACUUCCUCAUCUCCCAGACCGAGCUGUACUCCCAUUUCAUUGGCAAGAAGAUCAAGACGGACGAAGUCGAGCGAAGCACAGACAACCCCGAAAUUGCUGCCGAGAACAAGGGCGAGACCGAGCAGAACAGGAACCUGGAUGUCGAUGAGCCCACCGGCCCUCUUGGCGCCAAGGUCACCAACUUUGAGAACCUGGACUUCGACGAGGAGGACGAGUCGACGCUGCGUGCGGCUGCCAUGGCCAACGCCCAGAACGCCAUUGCCGAGGCGCAGAGGAAGGCGAGAGCAUUCAACGAGCCCCAAGGUCCCGACAUGGACGAGGAAGGCGAGAUGAACUUCCAGAAUCCCGCCGGCAUGGGCGAUGUCGAGAUCGAGCAGCCCAAGCUUAUCAACGCCCAGCUCAAGGAGUACCAGCUCAAGGGUCUCAACUGGCUCGCCAACUUGUACGAGCAGGGCAUCAACGGUAUUCUUGCAGAUGAGAUGGGUCUUGGAAAGACUGUCCAGUCCAUUUCCGUCAUGGCCUAUCUCGCUGAGAAGUAUGACAUCUGGGGUCCCUUCCUCGUUGUCGCACCCGCGUCCACGCUGCACAACUGGGAGCAGGAAAUUAGGAAGUUCGUACCCGAGUUUAAGAUUCUCCCGUACUGGGGUUCCGCCGGCGACAGAAAGGUGCUUCGCAAGUUCUGGGACCGCAAGCACUCGACGUACAAGAAGGACGCGUCGUUCCAUGUCUGCGUCACGUCGUACCAGUUGGUUGUCUCCGAUGUCGCUUAUUUCCAGAAGAUGAAGUGGCAGUACAUGAUUCUUGACGAGGCCCAGGCCAUCAAGAGUUCUCAGAGUUCCAGAUGGAAGAGUUUGCUGGGCUUCCACUGCCGUAACCGUCUGCUGCUUACCGGUACCCCCAUUCAGAACAACAUGCAGGAGCUUUGGGCUCUGCUGCACUUUAUCAUGCCAUCGCUCUUUGACUCUCAUGACGAGUUCAGUGAAUGGUUCUCCAAGGACAUUGAAUCUCAUGCACAGAGCAACACAAAGCUCAAUGAGGACCAGCUCAAACGUCUGCACAUGAUUUUGAAGCCGUUCAUGCUGCGUCGUGUCAAGAAGCAUGUCCAAAAGGAGCUUGGAGACAAGAUUGAGGAAGACAUCUUCUGUGAUCUCACUUACAGACAGAGGGCCAUCUACGGUAACCUGCGCAACCAGAUCUCUAUCAUGGAUCUGAUUGAGAAGGCGACUGCCGGUGACAACGAUGACUCGGGUACCCUCAUGAACCUCGUCAUGCAAUUCCGAAAGGUGUGCAAUCACCCCGACCUCUUCGAGAGAGCCGAUACGAAGUCCCCCUUCUCCUUCGGCUACUUUGCCGAGACCGCCUCCUUUAUCAGAGAGGGCAAUGAAGUCACCGUGGGAUACUCUACUCGCAACACCAUUGAGUAUGAACUGCCGCGGCUCAUCUGGAGAGAGGAUGGUAGAGUGACCCAGCCUGGUUACAAUAACCCGAAGGCUGGCUGGCGGAAUAAGAACCUGCAUCAUAUGAUGAAUAUCUUUACUCCCGAGCACAUCCGAGACAGCUUGGAAGGCUCUGACGCCUUCUCAUUCCUGCGAUUCGCCGAUGCCAGCCCCAACGACGUGUACAAGGCCACCCACCAGGACCUCUUUACCCGCGCGGUCGAGUUGUCGCAGAAGAAGGAUCGUCUGGCUCUCAUGAACGUGGCUUAUGACGAGCCUGAAGACGCCAAUUUUACUCCCGCCCACGCGUUGUUCGAGAUCAAGGCCCGCAGAAACCGCCAGCCUCUUAUCGACAUCACCGAGGAAGGCAUCCUGGCCAACUUGAUGAACGUGGCCCGCAGCGACUACGUCGACAGUGGCCUGGGUCGCCUCGAGCAGGCCGGCCGGCCUCGUGCCUCUGCGCCGCCCAUUGAGGUGAGCUGCAACAGCCGUGGCACCGCCCUUGAAAGGGAGAAGGUCCUGUUCAACAUUCCCAUGCGCAAGACCCUGUUCGGCCCGACCAUCAACGAGGAGCGUGCUCUGGUCAAGGAGAAGAUUCCCAUUGAGCGAUUCCCGCCCAAGAAGAUGCUCCCCGCACCUGACAACGACAAGAAGAAGUUCACCAACAUCUCAGUGCCAUCCAUGCGUCGUUUCGUGACCGACAGUGGUAAGCUUGCUAAGCUCGACCAGCUGCUGUUCAAACUCAAGGCCGAGGGCCAUCGCGUGCUGUUGUACUUCCAGAUGACUCGCAUGAUCGACCUCAUGGAGGAGUACCUGACAUACCGCAACUACAAGUACUGCCGUCUUGAUGGUUCGACCAAGCUCGAGGACAGAAGAGACACGGUUGCUGACUUCCAGACCCGCCCGGAGAUUUUCAUCUUCCUGUUGUCGACGCGUGCUGGUGGUCUCGGUAUUAACCUCACAUCUGCCGACACUGUCAUCUUUUACGACUCCGACUGGAACCCCACGAUAGAUUCGCAGGCCAUGGACAGAGCGCACAGAUUGGGUCAGACUCGGCAGGUCACUGUGUACCGUCUCAUCACCCGCGGCACCAUUGAGGAGCGUAUCCGCAAGCGUGCCAUGCAGAAGGAAGAAGUGCAGCGUGUCGUCAUCCAGGGAGGUGGUGCUAGUGUCGACUUCUCUGGCCGUCGUGCUCCUGAGAACCGCAACCGUGAUAUUGCCAUGUGGCUUGCGGAUGAUGAGCAGGCGGAGAUGAUUGAGCGCCGCGAGCGGGAGCUCCUCGAGAAUGGCGAGCUCGAAAAGCCGCAGAAGAAGAAGGCCGGUAAACGCAAGCGCGUGGUCAACGAGAACCUUAGUUUGGAUGAGAUGUACCACGAGGGCGAGGGCAAUUUUGAUGAUCGUUCCGGAGCCAACGGCACCUCGGGUACUGCCACGCCCGUGGCCGAGCCUGACGUGAAGGGAGCGAAGAAGCGGCGCAUGGGCGGCAAGAAGGCCAAGACUCUGAAGCAGAGGCUCGCCCUCGCGGACGGCCAAGUGGACAUGUGA